AUGGGUACGGGCACAGCAGCGGAACGAUGCUCAGCACCGGAGGCUGCGGUGGAGGACUUGCAAGCCCUAGCGCAGAACACUGCGGCGGGUCAUGAGGAGGUACGCGGGCAGGUAGCCGAGAUCUUGGAAACGUUGAAGUCUUUGGUGGCCAAGGUGGAUGCGUUGACACCACAAAUGGUGGGGGAGAAGCAGUUGGAUGGCCAAUUUCAAAGCGUGACCGUCAUCGACAGGAAGCGAAGCGACGACAACAUGACCCGCGUUGAUGCCAAUGAAACCAAGGCGGAGGAGGAUACCGCAAUCUCCGUUAACAAAACUGAUUGCGGCAGAGAAGUUUUGGAGUCGUUUAAAUUGACGCCAUUGAUUCGCAAGCGCAAGUCAUACAGAUUUCUGGCGGGAGCUGGUCGUGCACGAGCGGGACCCUGCGAUGCGAAUAAGAAGCCUCAUGUUGGUUCCUCGUUUGAGGAAAAAAAACAAGUUGCUGGCGCUUCACAUGAGCAUUGA